AUGCCGACAGAAGAGCCCCAAGAGACAAGCACGCCUCAUGAUCCAUAUUCCGUACUAAACAAGAGUAUCGAAAACUUACAAAAACCAGUCACUGAUUUAUUACGCAACCACAACGAACUUGUUGUUCAAAAUCUAAGCAUAUUGUCCAACUUGAACACGGUACCUAAGCUCAACCAGGAUAUAAAGACAAAGUUAUACAAAAGUUAG